AUGCCUUACUUAAAAGAAUUGAAGAUAGUACCUAUAUCUCACAAUAUCUCUCUCAGAACGAAUCGAGAGCUAAAAUCCUUUCCACUUUGGAUUGAUCAUAAUACACCAAAAUGCAAUAAUUUUUAUACUUACGCGUGUGGUUCUUGGAUCGAACAAAAAUCCCCCGAACUAUCUGAUUCUAUACAAACUAUCUCAAAGACUGAUGAAAUUAGUACCGAAAAUAUUAAAACUAUACUCGAUUUGUUAGAUGGCGACUACAAAUACGAAUAUGAAUUCGAAAAAAAAGCCAAAAUGUUUUUAGACUCCUGCAUGCAAAGGCGAGAUAUGAAAACGGGUGACAAUACGACCCAAGCAUUUUUUGCGUCUCAAAUAUUUCGUCCCAAGGUGUGGCUAGAUUUAAAGGAUGAUUAUAUCCGUAAGGAUUUCUCCGCCUUGCAACGAAAGAUGGAUUUAAAAGUUAAAAGUUCGGAUUGGAGUUUUCAAAGUUUGUUAACCGAGUUACACAGAUUCGACAUCUUUUUCAGCCUCGACAUAAGGUAUAAUCAUGAGGAAAGAACUCAAGUUAUCCUUUUGCGAGCGCCGCAGAUCCGUUUAAAAUUACCUAAAUAUUACUCUGACCCAGCCAUUUAUAAGUUACACCGAGAAUACGUCUACACACUUAUGCACGAAUUGUUCGGUUAUGAUAUAAACGAUGUAGAGGGUAUUUUGGACGUGGAAAAGGCGUUGGCUAAGAUUUAUGGAAGUGUAGCAAAUAACCCUGAUAAUGAGUACGAUUAUACAUAUUACCUAAUAGAUACACUGGACAAAAUGCUUAACGAUUACAUGUUAUUCGCUGUUGUAGACAACUUAGUCCAUUUCAUGCCAGAAGACAUGAAGGAUGUUAAGAGACACAGUAUUAAGUACACCACUAGGUAUAAAUGGGAUGACCUAGAAGUUAAUUAUUGUGCAAGGGCCGUCGAAAGUUAUAUGCCAGGAACCUUGUCAAAUAUAUAUGAAAAGAAUGUCCGUUCUGAAAAGGAGUAUGAAGAAGUAGAAUAUAUGUUCGAUAGAAUAAAAGAUAUGCUUUCUUACAGUAUAAGAACCUUAUAUUCGUUGACUGCUGUUGAUAAACGAAUUCUGGUUAUCAAACUUAAUUCGAUGAAAAUUGAGGUAGGAGCGUCAAGCGAAAACCAGGAUAACGAUAAAUUGGAGAGGCAAUACGAGGAGUUUGAUUUCAUAGUCAGCGACAUGUUUUACCAAAAUGCUUUAUUGGCCGAGGAUAAAAAAUUAGCCAGAUUCCACAAUCUUGUCCUGGAUAAUGCGCCCUCAAAAUCAAUCAAUUAUGGCGGCAUAGGUUCUAUAAUUGCCCACGAAAUCCUUCACGCUUUUGAUUCCCUAACCAUCUACCUAGAUGUAGAAUCGAGAAAUAUUUUAAGCGCAAAUGCUGCCAAAUUUUUUGUUAAAAGAAACAGAUGCCUUCAAGAACAAUAUUCAACCUAUUCAUACGAUGGUCUUAAGGCCCUUAAUUCAAAAAUUGAAUAUGUGAAUCUAAAAAGACCUUUAUCUCAUUCGAAUAUAACGGCCGAUCAAUUAUUCUUUUUAGCUCAUGCUCAGAGUGAUUGUACGGUAUCAAAUCGUGAAUUAGUAGAGAGAAGAAUUUUAAUUCAUUCCCAUACUCAUGCCAAUUUUAGAGUUAUCGGAAGUCUCAGCAACUCGAAUGAAUUUAUUUCCUCAUAUUCAUGCGAUGCCAAAGACGUCCGCUCCACAUUUAACAAGAAGUGUCAUUUCUGGUGA